CAGAGGAAGUUGACGGUGCGUAAUGACGAUUCCUAAUGCAGUUUCACAAUAAAGGCCUCCCGCGCUACAGCUUUCACACGCUUUUAAUGUGAAAGGUAGCGACCGGAAGUGGAUGUGGUGCUGCGUGUGCGUCCUGGUGGUGACCGGUAAAGUUAAAUUGCGCAGUAGCGGUGGAUGUUGGUCACGAGCGAUGCAACUGCGUGAAGUAAGUUAAGAGGUUGUUUUUUAUUAGUUUGUUUUUUCACCGUUUGUUGUUGAAAUUAAAUGUAAGAAUAGUUUCCCUUCGCGUGCGUUGUUUCUUGCGAAGCUCAUGUGACCAAGUGUUAGCGCUUCAUACUGAGCAUGCGUAGAAGACAGAGGCGGGUCAGCGCAGGUGAGUUGACUAGCGUUUCCUGUGGGAGACGUUUUUGUGAGCAGACAUUUUAUUAGUUAUGAAUAAUAAUCAUUCAUAAUCGCAUUGUCCUGUUCUGGGAACUUUGUGGAGACUUGUCGGGAACCAAAAGACCAUAAUUGUCCUUGUUGUGGUUCAAGGCCGUGUGACGGUGAGCUGUCAGUCCUUCAGACCUCUGCAGCCUUUCUCAUUGUUCAGGCAGCAUCUCAGGCACACGGGAGCUCCACGCCUGCGGGUGGAGGCACUGAACGCUGCCUAAGCAGGGAGGUUAUUGGAGCAGCGCCGCCGCCUGCAGCUUCCCUGGAGCUCUGGGAUGAUGAGGCGGCGCCGGGUGCCGUGGCGACCAGUCAGGGGCCACUAAUCGGGCUGCUGGAGCAGGGAGCAGGCUGCUUGGCACCGCUUCCUGUAGGUGUGAAUGCCUCCAGGUCCUGCAGGCCGAGGCCCAUGAGAACCUUUCUGACGGAGCGCUGGGCUGACACACUGCGGUUUGCUCUGCAGCAGCAGAUGGAGGUGAAGUGUGAAAGGAGAAAACCCUGUCAGCGCGCGGAGACGAAUCCGAAACGAGUGGGAGUGGCUGCACCUCGGGUUCGGAGCACAGCGUUGCUGAAGAGGUGCGGUAGCGCUGUGAUAGUGGGAAACAUUGACGAACUAAGUGGCAGAAGUGGAGUCGUUAUUCUAAGGAAGGAAGAGCUUCGUCAGCAUCGAACCACGGCAGCACCGAAGGCGUCUACACCUGACCUCCACAUGAAGGUCACAGAUGCUGAACCGCGGGAGCUGAAACGAAGCAGGGAGACGUCUGGACCAACAUCUUCCUGCUGAGGCCGUUCAAUGAGCCGAGGACCGGCAGCUUCGCUCAGCAGGACUGGACCCAGCCCUACCGUGGCGUUGCCAUGACGAGCGAGGAGGAGGAGGGCCCCGGCGUUGCACCAGCACCCUCCAGGGUCCCACCGGCUGCAGCCAGGAGCGACGGCGACCACGCUGCCGCCUCCUCCUCCUCCACCUACCGCCUCCCGUGUCCCGAGGAGAAGGAGGAGGAGGAGGGAGGCAUCACAGAGGAGGAGCGGCUGGAGACGGGGGAGGUGGUGGCGUGUGAGGGGGACGACGACGACGACGGCGGCAGCAGCGACACCAGCGUGCUGGUGGUGCCUCACCCUGAGCUGGUGCCCGUCGUCUUCUUCUGCCUCAAGCAGACGACCUGCCCUCGCAGCUGGUGCAUCCGCAUGGUGUCCAGCCCGUGGUUUGAGCGAGUCAGUAUGAUGGUGAUCCUGCUGAACUGCGUGACCCUGGGAAUGUACCAGCCCUGCGAGAACAUCGACUGCUCCUCAGACCGGUGCCAGAUACUGCAGGCCUUCGACGCCUUCAUUUACAUCUUCUUCGCCCUGGAGAUGGUUGUGAAGAUGGUGGCCCUGGGCAUAUUCGGCCGGCGCUGUUACCUCGGGGACACGUGGAACCGGCUGGACUUCUUCAUCGUCAUGGCGGGCAUGGUGGAAUAUUCACUGGAUCUGCAGAAUAUCAACUUCACUGCCAUCAGGACGGUGAGAGUCCUGCGACCUCUCAAAGCUAUUAACAGGGUUCCAAGCAUGCGCAUCCUGGUCAACCUGCUGCUGGACACGCUGCCCAUGCUGGGCAACGUCCUCCUCCUCUGCUUCUUCGUCUUCUUCAUCUUCGGCAUCAUCGGGGUGCAGCUGUGGGCCGGUCUGCUGAGGAACCGCUGCUACCCGGAGGAGAACUUCACCCUCACCACCGGCAUCAGCCUGCCCAAGAAGUACUACAUGGCCGACGAGGAUGACGAGCGGCCCUUCAUCUGCUCGCUGCCGGUGGACAACGGCAUCAUGUCGUGCUCCGACGUCCCCGCUCGCCGCGAGGGAGGCCGCGCGUGCUGCCUGGACAAGGACGACGCCCUGUACCGCCAGUCGCUGGGCCUGAGCCCGGAGCCGCAGGCCAACGGCAGCGUGAGCGUGGCCGGGCUCUGCGUCAACUGGAACCGCUACUACACCAGGUGCCACACGGGGCACAGCAACCCCCACAAAGGAGCCAUCAACUUCGACAACAUCGCCUACGCCUGGAUCGUCAUCUUCCAGGUGAUCACUCUGGAGGGCUGGGUGGAGAUCAUGUACUAUGUGAUGGAUGCCCACUCCUUCUACAACUUCAUCUACUUCAUCCUGCUGAUUAUCGUCGGGUCCUUCUUCAUGAUCAACCUGUGCCUCGUGGUCAUCGCCACCCAGUUCUCGGAGACCAAGCAGAGGGAGCACCAGCUGAUGCAGGAGCAGCGGGCGCGGUGCUCGUCCUCCUCCACGCUUGCCAGUGAACCCGGGGACUGCUACGAGGAGCUGUUCCAGCUGGUGUGCCACGUCCUCCGCAAGGCCAAGAGGCAAACCGUCACCUUCUUCAACACGCUGCGGGGGAAGCCCCGCGGCUUCCGUGGGGUCGGCCGCGGCCGAGCGGGAGGUGAGGGGAGGGAGCGGAAGGCCAACGGGCAGGGAGGCCGCGAGAGGAGAGCGGCGCUGAGACACGCUGGUGCCCCGUGUCCCCACCGGCCCAAACCUGCCGGACCCGUGGCCCUCGGCGAGGCCGCAGACGGCUGCCCUCAGUGUGGCCCGGCGCUCGCCGACGGGGUCGGGUCCGUUCGUUCGGAGGCAGAGAGGGCAGGAGGGGAGGACACCAACCAGGAAGCACCGUGUGAGGAUAAGCAGCCGGACGGCGCCGGGACCCGGGUGGGGUGCAGUCCCAGGAAGCUGUGCAAGGACCUGUGGCACAAGAUGAGGAAGAAGCUUUGGGGCAUCGUGGAGAGCAAGUACUUCAACCGUGGCAUCAUGAUCGCCAUCCUCAUCAACACCAUCAGCAUGGGCAUCGAGCACCACGAGCAGCCAGACGAGCUGACGAACGUCCUGGAGAUCUGCAACAUCGUCUUCACCAGCAUGUUCUCUCUGGAGAUGGUCCUCAAAAUCACCGCGUUCGGGUCCUUCAACUACUUGAGGAACCCCUACAACGUCUUUGAUGGAGUCAUCGUCAUCAUCAGCGUGUGUGAGAUCGUGGGCCAGUCGGACGGAGGCUUGUCGGUGCUCAGGACCUUCAGGCUGCUGCGGGUGCUGAAGCUGGUGAGGUUCAUGCCGGCGCUGAGGAGGCAGCUGGUGGUCCUGAUGAAGACCAUGGACAACGUGGCCACCUUCUGCAUGCUGCUCAUGCUCUUCAUCUUCAUCUUCAGUAUCCUCGGGAUGCACAUCUUCGGCUGUAAGUUCAGUCUGAAGACAGAGACCGGAGACACUGUACCGGACAGGAAGAACUUCGACUCGCUGCUUUGGGCCAUAGUCACCGUGUUCCAGAUCCUGACGCAGGAGGACUGGAACGCCGUCCUGUACAACGGCAUGGCAGCUACGUCGCCGCUCGCUGCUCUUUACUUCGUGGCCCUCAUGACCUUUGGGAACUACGUCCUCUUCAACCUGCUGGUGGCCAUCUUGGUUGAGGGCUUUCAGGCAGAGGGCGACGCCAAUCGCUCCUACUCCGAUGACGAUCACUCCUCCUCCAACUUCGAUGAGAGCGAGAAGCGUGACUCUAUUAAGUUGUCAGACCCGAGGAUCUGCACCCUGACCCCCAACGGCCACCUGGAGCUGGACUCGCUGUCUGGGCCGAGGGGCUCGUACUCGUCGGAGAGACGGAGCUUCGCUGUGGAGUCCAGGAAAAGCAGCAUGAUGAGCCUGGGCAGGAGCAGCCUGGAGCGCCGCUCCCUGUCUCUGCGCCACGGCCGCAGUUCCAACUACCACAACUGGGGCCGUCCUUUCCCUCCACACUCCGCCUGGAGCCGCAGGUCCAGCUCCAACAGCCUGGGUCAGAGGAGCUACGGGUUUGGUGGGGGUCCUCUGGUGGGGGGCAGCCUCCGCGUGCACAGCACCCGCACCCCGACCCCCCACGCCUACGCCGCGGAGCAGGAGGCGCUGCUGAGCCACCCGCCCCACCCCCACUACCCCCCUCCACCCAGCCACCCGCCGCGCCCGCUCUUCCUCUCCAGACACUUCGCCAGGAGGGAUCGCCGGGCUCUGUCCCUGGAGCUUCCAGAGCUGCUCCGAGCAGGCCGGCAGACGUGUGUGCCAGAACCGGGCCCGAGGAACGGGGCCGGGGCCGGGGCCUCCACCCACGGAGGCUCCGUAGCUGGGAGCGGUUUGGGAGGAGAGCACCGGGACUGUAACGGGAAGGCGCCGGGUCCCCACACCUGCCUGAUAGCGGAGGUGUUCCCACAAGUGAACGCACGCAAGGACAGAGCCGACCUGGACGAGGAGACCGACUAUAGUUUGUGCUUCCGCAUUCAGAAGAUGAUGGAGGUGUACAAGCCGGACUGGUGUGAAACCAGAGAGCAGUGGUCGGUUUACCUGUUCUCCCCCCAGAACAAGUUCAGGCUGCUCUGUCAGUCCAUCAUCGCCCACAAGCUCUUCGACUACGUGGUGCUGGUCUUCAUCUUCCUGAACUGCAUCACCGUCGCCCUGGAGAGGCCCAGGAUCCUGCAGGGCAGCCUGGAGCGACUGUUUCUCACUAUUUCCAACUACAUCUUCACUGCCAUCUUUGUUGCGGAGAUGACUGUGAAGGUGGUGUCCAUGGGCCUGUAUCUGGGGGAAUCGGCGUAUCUGAGGAGCAGCUGGAACAUUCUGGACGGCUUCCUGGUCUUCGUGUCGCUCAUUGACAUCGUGGUGUCCAUGGCGGGGGGCGCCAAGAUCCUGGGGGUCCUGCGUGUCCUCAGGCUGCUCCGGACGCUGCGCCCUCUCAGGGUGAUCAGCCGGGCGCCGGGGCUGAAGCUGGUGGUUGAGACGCUCAUCACGUCCCUCAAGCCCAUCGGCAACAUCGUUCUCAUCUGCUGCGCCUUCUUCAUCAUCUUCGGCAUCCUGGGCGUUCAGCUCUUCAAAGGGAAGUUCUACUACUGUGUGGGCUUGGAUGCGAAGAACGUCACCAACAAGUCUGACUGUCUGGCUGCCAAGUAUCGAUGGGUUCAUCACAAAUACAACUUUGACAACCUUGGACAGGCUCUGAUGUCGCUCUUUGUGCUGGCGUCCAAAGACGGCUGGGUCAACAUCAUGUACCACGGUCUGGACGCCGUGGGGAUCGACCAGCAGCCAGUUACCAACAACAACCCCUGGAUGCUGCUCUACUUCAUCUCCUUCCUCCUCAUCGUCAGCUUCUUCGUCCUCAACAUGUUUGUGGGUGUGGUGGUGGAGAACUUCCACAAGUGUCGGCAGCACCAGGAGGUGGAGGAGGCGAGACGUCGAGAGGAAAAGCGCCAGCGCCGCAUGGAGAAGAAGAGGAGAAAGGCCCAGAAGAUGCCGUACUACGCGUCGUACGGCAGCGCGCGCCUCGCCAUCCACACGCUGUGCACCAGCCACUACCUGGACCUGGUCAUCACCUUCAUCAUCUGCAUCAACGUCAUCACCAUGUCGCUGGAGCACUACAGCCAGCCGCCGUCUCUGGAGACGGCCCUGAAAUACUGCAACUACUUCUUCACCUCCACCUUUGUGAUCGAGGCGACUCUGAAGCUGGUGGCGUUCGGCUUUCGGCGCUUCUUUAAGGACAGGUGGAACCAGCUGGACCUGGCCAUCGUGCUGCUGUCAGUGAUGGGCAUCACCCUGGAGGAGAUCGAGAUCAACGCCUCGCUCCCAAUCAACCCCACCAUCAUUCGCAUCAUGCGGGUGCUCAGGAUAGCGCGAGUGCUGAAGCUGCUGAAAAUGGCCACGGGGAUGAGGGCUCUGCUCGACACAGUGGUCCAGGCUCUUCCUCAGGUUGGGAAUCUGGGCCUGCUCUUCAUGCUGCUCUUCUUCAUCUACGCUGCUCUGGGGGUGGAGCUGUUUGGAGAACUGGUGUGUAACGCCGACUACCCCUGCGAGGGAAUGAGUCGCCACGCCACCUUCGAGAACUUCGGCAUGGCUUUCCUCACGCUCUUCCAGGUUUCCACGGGAGACAACUGGAACGGCAUCAUGAAGGACACGCUGAGGGAGUGUCCGCCGGGCCGCCCGGGCAGCGACUACGGCUGCCACACUGGGCUGCAGUUCAUCUCCCCGCUCUACUUCGUGUCCUUCGUGCUCACGGCUCAGUUUGUGCUCAUCAACGUGGUGGUGGCCGUGCUCAUGAAGCACCUGGACGACUCCAACAAGGAGGCGCAGGAGGAUGCGGAGAUGGACGCCGAGAUCGAGCUGGAGCUGGCCCAGGGCGGGCUCUGCUGCAUGAUGGGGGGCAUCGGCGCCAUCGCCGGGGCCACGGUGGCCGCGGGGGGCGCGGGCAUGACCGGAGGUGGAGGCGCGUGCGGCGGCAUCACAGCGGGAGCGACCGGGGGCCCGGGCGCAGCGGCGGUGGCGCCGGUACGAGACGGCGGCGCUGCUCACGAGGGACACGCACAUCAUCAGCAUCGCUGUCGGUUCUACUCUCCUGCUCAGGAGAGCCAGUGGCUGGACAGUGUGUCUCUGCUCAUCAAAGACUCGCUGGAAGGGGACAUGAUCGACAACCUCUCAGGGUCAGUGUUCCACCACUACUGCUCCCCUCCGGUCUGCAAGGACUGCAAGAGUCACCCUCAAGAGAUCCGCUUGGCAGAGGUGGAGCAGGCGUCUCUGAUGUCGGAGCCGCUGUCGGACAAGUCCUCGUCUCCGGCGCUGCCUGAUGACCUCAGCCUGGACGAACACAGCAGCUACCAGCUGCUGGUCACACACGACCAGCGGUGCAGCAGUGAAUCCCACAGCUUGGAGGAGCUGCCCGUCCAGGGGGGCCACCGGGGGUCCAGCUCAGGGAGUGAGGAGGAAGCGCGGGAGGUGUUUGAGGAGGGGGUCUGUCCUCAGUGGAACCCUCCCUCGCUGGAGCAGGAAACAGCAGCAAACUGCUCCGACGCAGGACGUCGCUGCGCUGAUGCUGGCGGGUCUCCGCCCCUCUUCCAGCUUCCUGCAGACUUUUUCCACCCUGCUGCUGCAGCUCAUCCGGGCAGUCCUGGGGCCGGCGUGAGCCCGGGAGACCGGGGCCCGUCCAGGUUGGCCUCUCCAGCCUCGUGGGCCUCCCUCCGCUCGCCCGGAGCCAACAAGCCCCCGAGCUCCCCGCAUCUCUCCCACAGCCACUCCUCUCUGGCCUCAGGCAGCUCCGACGGAAGCCUCCAGACCACGUUGGAGGAGGGACUCAGCUUCAGCUUCUCUCCACCCCUGCGCCUCGAUGUGCCCGUGCCCCUUCUGUGCCCUAUCCCCAGCCACUCCUCGCACCCCCAGAGACCUAGCACAGAGAACAAGGGACAGUCUUUGCUGAAGAGACGCAGCACUUCUUUCACGCGGGGACACCAGAGAUGCCAGAGCAGCUGUGGCGGUGGCAGCACCAGCCCCGGGUGCCCCAGACAGGACUCCAUGGACCCGUCCGAUGAGGACGUGGGCACGGUGACGGUUGGGGAGGGCAGCCGUCAAACACUCUGCACCGAACAGCUGUCCGAAACCCUGAACAGCCUCUCGUUGACGUCGCUGCUCAUCCCAGGCUCCCUGGUGACCCCGCUGGUGAAGAAAUGCAACAGCACGGGCUCACUGGACCACAGCAACCUCUCAGCCCGGAGCAAAGAUGGCCGCCACUUCUACGGCGUAGAGGCCCAUGGUUACGUGUCCAGCCCCUGGACCGAGGGGGGGGAGCAGGGUGAGGAGGAGGACAGUGACAUCACAGGCUGCAUGAAAAGCAGCAGCCGACCCACGGACGCGAGCUCCAGGAAAAAUAGAUGAAACACUCGUUGCCUCUCUUUAGUGGGACUUUUUAAUUAUUUGCAUUUGUAGACCUUGAACAGAACAGAGACCUUUAAUACGUGUCCUGUGAACCCGGUUCUGACGCUGUCUUUGAAUUAGCCGGUCUCUUGUGUCCCCUCGGAGCCGGCUGCUUAGGAUCAGUCCUUCCUCAAAAGAUUACAGCUGCUUGUGAGUUGUGCCGUCCCCGAGGUGAGAGCGCUGUUUGACCCGGGGAGGGCCUGGGCUUCACACUGUUCACAAAGCCAUUAGAGCCACAUGAAUACUGCAGUAACAUUAUUAGAGCAAAGCUAUUCAGAUCAAACUGCUAAGAUUCCAUUUCCACACAGUGACAGGGCUUGUUCGAGCCAACGUGCCCUCAGCCUUUGUGCAAAAACAGCAGCAGUGGCCACAUGGAAACUUUGUACAGUUGAGUUAGUUUGUCUUUUUGUAAUGCUCAUCGCCAACAGUAGCACCAAACAACCUGUUUUCCUCAUUAGCAGAGGCGAUGGCUAACAGAACAUGGAGGUUGUGUUUGGUUUCUGUUUGUUUUAAUGUGGAUGUGUUGCAGUUGUGUGAAUGUGGACCGUUUGAGGAAGGAGCCUCUUUAAUAACGGAUCAGAAAUGUGACUGCUGCUGAGAAAACAUGUGGGUUGUUAGUGAAAGCUUUGGCCACUUCCAGCGUGGACUCUGCUUCUGCAGCUCCAUGAAAGGGCUAAAAUGUACUGAGUGCAGACCUGGGCCAAAUACUAAUGGCUACUGUACGUUAUCCUGAAAGUACAUCCAUUACUGUCAAAUACGUUCCUGCUGCUGAGUAUGUGACGGAGGAUCAAACGGACGUGGGACACGUUUCAGUGUGUAUUGAACCGUCGUGUGUUGUUAUUAGCGUAGCAUCGGUAGAAACCAGUCGGGCGUCAUCCAGUUUUAAAUGAUCCUAAGGCGACGCGUGUGCGAGCUGCUGUCUGAGCGCUGCAUCCUCUUUUUUGUGAUUAUUUGACUCAGGUCUGCUCGAGUGUAGCAAGAAACACCCAGCGUUAUGUUGAACAAUGUGUGUAAGUGGUUUGUCAAGUGUUUUGACAAAUGGUGACAAGUUGUUUCACUCUAACGUCAGGUUGACCUCUCAGGUGGACCUACACACACACACACACACACACACACACACACACACACUCUAUGAUGUCAGUGUCAGAGCACCGCAGGGUGUUUCCUGUGUGAGACGAGAUGGAAGCGACCUCAUUGUUUAUCUCUUUGACUAGUUUGUUGUCAGCCCUCCUCCCUAAUCCCAUUUCACUGUAUUAUCUCUCUUCCCUGGGGAAGCUGGAGUAUUAAAUGACUAUUGACGGCCCCUCCCCCAUUUGAGAUAUGCAAUAUGCUACAGUAGAUGUACCGUUAGAUGUAUGAGACUCGUAUAGAUAGGCAAUAUGGUGAGAACAGACUGUAUUUAUGAAUCCAUGUAUUAGAGUAAAUUGUCCCAGACAUUCAAAGUUCCCUGAGCGGAUGAUGAUGUUCUUGUGUUUUCCAGAUUGUCGGAUGUGUUUCCUCUUUUGCUCCUCCAUUCUUCCUGAGCUGAUUUUCUGUUUCCCUAAAAUGCAUGUGUGUUUAUUUCUGUUUGUUUUGUUUAAUGUCAUUCUAGUGUCAUAUAAAAGUGGAAUUGACUUCCAACA